AUGGCAAAGAUCACAGAACCACACAUCAGGAUAGACCUAAUGCACAGCUGGAAGGAGGCAGUGUUCUACCCAAUCUGUUUCUUUUGGUCGACCAUUGUCAUGAACGCAAUCUCAGCAGACUCUAUCACAUCCGCAUAUCUGACCUAUGUGCUCAACCACCAUGGAAUAUGCUCACCCACUAUCGAAAUAAAUGCCUUAGCGCAAGGCAAAAGUACGAACUUCGAGGCUUCACUUUCCACGACACUUACACGGCCUCUUGCCGCCGCUGGAGCUGUCCUCACUGCCAGCGCUUCAUCAUCGACGAUGGAUGUCUGA